CCUUACAAGAGUACUGAUAUCACAUAGAAAUUAUAUCUUUGUCAUAUUUUCUGGUAGUACAUGACUUUUUUUGUUUUAGACAAACACCCGCGGCAGCCAUAGCAGCAGUAGCUCCAUCAUCAUCUCCGACCAAGCCCAAGAAACGAACCAUAAAAUUGAGCAGCAUCACUAAUUCGGAGGAGAAAGAGGAGAACAAAUUCAUGGACAACUACCUUCAAAAUCUUUCGUACGGAUAUAACACUCUGUUGUACGUGUUUCAGUAUCUGAAAGUUCAAGACUUGCUGAGGGCAGGUUGCGUUUGUACGAUGUGGCGAGACAUAGCUAGCCACCCGAUGUUGUGGCGAACGGUAAGAAUGAAAAACUCCCAAGUCCACAGCUUCGAGGGUCUCGCAAACACUCUGAAAAAACACGGAACCCGGCAUUUAGAUUUGCGUAAGAUGCUAUUGCCCACCGGGGGAGACGAAAUUUGGCCAGAGUUCUCGAGAGCAAUAGAGAGAGUUGACAUGUUGAGAAGGAUAGAGCUUUGCAGGUGUCCUGCAUCAGUAGUGGAGAAAUUGGCUGUUUCCAAUCCACAACUGGAAGUCAUCAAUGCUGUCACUAUCAAGUGCGAAAGUAUGGAUUUGGAGUCACUGAAAGCACUCACACAUAUAAAAGAGUUGCGAUUGAAAUCGACAGGUGGUUUGACCUUAACCUCAAAUAUUGAUUCUUUGAAAGAUAUGAAAUGUCUCAAGCACCUUUCUUUGACGUCAAUAAGAGAUUUGGACAGUAUGAAUUUGAAUGUGAUUUCUGAAUUUACUAAUUUGGAGUCUUUAGAUUUAGGAGAGUGCACUGAUUUUCCAAAAAAUUUUGGUAGUGAAAUACUGGUCAAAUUGGAUAAGUUAGAAAAGUUGAGGCUUGAAAAGGGUCAGGGUAACUGUUACACAUUCGAAAUACUCGAAGCUGUGAAAAAUAUGGCUCACCUAGAGCAGCUUGAAUUGGUGAAUUUUGACAUCAAAUCUGGAUUUGAUAAAGCUCUAGGGGCAUGUCAAAACAUCAAAAAACUUCUUAUUAUACCUACCUACAUCUCCCAAAGUGCGACAACUAAUCAUAUGGUACUAGGAGGGGUUUUGAGAUUGCAAAAAACAUUAUCACAUUUUGUUUGGGGGGUGACGUUAGAACUUUUGCGAGUAACUGAACUAUUUGUUGACCAGUGUGAAGAACCUAAGGAAAAGAAGGAAAAGAAGCAGGUGGGUAAUGGCGAUAGUAUUCCCGUUUUGAAGCCUGUACCUCUGUUGAAGGAUAAGGAUAGUGAAAUAGCCCCUGCUCUAGAACCCCCUCAAGUAGAGAUUCUGGCCCUUCCUAGUUUACAAAAGCUAUUAAUGCAAAAUCUGCCCACUACUAGGGUGAAAAUUUUGAAAAUACCGUUCCAUGCAACUUGGAGGCAGAGCAUAACUGACUCUGUGAAUUAG